AUGCCGAAGCUGCAGGGCUUCGAGUUCUGGAGCCGCACCCUGGGCGGGGCCCGCCACGUGGUGGCCCCCAUGGUGGACCAGAGCGAGCUGGCCUGGAGGCUGCUGAGCCGCCGCCACGGCGCCCAGCUCUGCUACACCCCCAUGCUGCACGCCCAGGUCUUCGUCCGCGACGCCAACUACCGCAAGGAGAACCUGUACUGCGAGGUGUGCCCCGAGGACCGGCCCCUCAUUGUGCAGUUCUGUGCCAACGACCCGGAGGUGUUUGUCCAGGCGGCGCUCCUGGCUCAGGACUACUGUGACGCCAUCGACCUGAAUCUGGGCUGCCCGCAGAUGAUAGCCAAGCGGGGUCACUACGGCGCCUUCCUGCAGGAGGAGUGGGACCUGCUCCAGAGAAUGAUUCAGCUUGCCCACGAGAAGCUUUCUGUCCCGGUCACGUGCAAGAUCCGGGUCUUCCCCGAGAUUGACAAGACCGUGAGGUACGCCCAGAUGCUGGAGGAGGCCGGCUGCCAGCUGCUGACGGUGCACGGGCGCACCAAGGAGCAGAAGGGGCCUCUGACGGGCACCGCCUCCUGGGGACACAUCCGGGCCGUGCGGAAGGCCGUGACCAUCCCUGUGUUUGCCAACGGGAACAUCCAGUGCCUGCAGGACGUGGAGCGCUGCCUGCGGGAUACGGGGGCUCAGGGGGUCAUGAGCGCAGAGGGCAACCUGCACAACCCCGCGCUGUUCGAGGGCCGCAGCCCUGCCGUGUGGGAGCUGGCCGAGGAGUACCUGGACCUGGUGCGCCAGCACCCCUGCCCGCUGUCCUGCGUCCGGGCCCACCUCUUCAAGCUGUGGCACCACACGCUGCAGGUGCACCAGCAGCUUCGCGAGGAGCUGGCCAAGGCGAAGACCCUGGAGGGCGUGGCCGCCGUGAGCCGGGAGCUGAGGCUGCGGUGCCAGGAGGACAUGUCCCGGCUGGAGGGGGAGGAGCCCACGGGUGGCCUGCCUUUCUUCCACUGGAUCUGCCAGGCCUACUUCCGGCCCGGGCCCAAGGAGGGGAGCAGGGAGAGCACGGGCGCCCGCAGCAAGCGCGCCCUGGAGGAGGAGGAGGGGGGCGCCGACGUCCUGUCCAAGAACAAGCAGAAGAAGCAGCUGAGGAACCCCCACAAGACCUUCGACCCCUCGCUGAAGCCAAAAUACGCAAAGUGCGACCAGUGUGGGAACCCCAAGGGCGCCCGGUGUGUGUUCAGCCUGUGCCGGGGCUGCUGCAAGAAGCGAGCGUUCAAAGAGACCGCGGACUGCCCAGGUCACGGACUGCUUUUUAAAACCAAACUGGAGAAGUCGCUGGCCUGGAAGGGGGCCCAGCCCCAGCUGCAGGAGCCCCCACAGGCAGGCCCUGGGGACCCUGGCGGCUUCCCCGAGGUGCUGGGCAGUGCCCUGGCCUGA